AUGGAAAAUAUCACCCAUGCCGGCGUUUCUGUUACCCAUGUCGGCGUUUCUGUUACCCAUGUCGGCGUUUCCGAAAAUGUAGCUAAACCCGAGGUAUCGUCUGCAAGUUUACCGUCCUCUGUUGCCAAAAGUGGAUACGAUUUACCGGUGUAUGGACUUGAAAAUGGACAAUUCUAUUCUAUACACAUUCCUGCGAUCACAUGCAUCAUCCUAAGUUUCUUAUCAGCCGCGGCCAUAGUAAUAGCAUCCUUCAGACUCCAGAGCAUCAAGACAUUCUUCUCCUGGACAAAGAGUGAACGGUUUGUCGUGUAUCUUGCUCUUUGUGAUGGACUUUUCAACAUUGCACACAGCAUGGACCACACUCACAUUGUCCUGACUAGAAACCAUGUCUACCCAAAGGAAUUAUGUGAAUUUUACGGGUUCAUGUUGGCAGAGUUCAUCACCGCACAAAACCUUUUGGUUAACAUCGUGGCUCUGAACGUCUUUGUUCUGAUCUAUUUCAGGAAGGAUCUGGACUUCGGCACUUACGAUUGGCGUCUGCUUUUGUACACGUUCGGUCUGCCCUGUGUUGGAGGAACCCUAGCCGCAUAUUUUGACACACUAGGACCCAAUGGUACAUUCUGCUAUUUUGAUGGGAUCAAGGGAGAAGUGGCCAACAUCCUGUUCACUACCGUACCUCUACUGACCGUACUCCUCCUGAACAUCGUCUUCUACGUACUGACGUGGAAGCGAAUCAGCAGCGAAUCCAAGCGCUUACAGCACACGCUCGGACAGGAAGCAGCGACGAUUCGAGCGUCCUUACAAGCAGCGAAAACCAUGUCGCUUUUUGUCACGGCUUUCUUCGCGCAGUGGUGGGCAAUGGCCCUGUACGGAAUCUGGCAGAUGCUGGCCACAGUGCCCCAGACGCUGUUUCAGUUUGUGACCACGUUUUCAAACAUCGGAGGCAUUCUGAAUGGUAUUGUUUACAUCAUUAUUAGACGGCGGAGACGUAAUACAAGAACAAAGAAAACCGCAACAGUGGACAAGCCAUUCCAGAACGUUAACUCUGUAUGUGAUAAAAUUGAAAAUUCAGGGGUUUGAAAAGGUUUAUGUGUGCGUGAUGAUACUUAGAAAUGUUGAUAGAUUUACUUUGAUUUUUUUUUUCAUAGGCGCCUUAAUUGUUAAAUUGGAAAAUCGAUCAAAAACAUUACUAAUUAAACAUUUGGAACACGAACGUCCAUGAUCUUACGCUUUAAAAUCGAAUAAUCCAAUAAUUUAACAUCUUGAGAUCUAGAGAAAGAAUUCUCAUAAAGAACUUAAUGGCCCUGAUAAAAAUGAUUGUUGAAGGAAAGGAGGAAAACAAAUUGGACAAGUCUUGCAAAUUUCCAGGCGCUCAAAAGAAUUGAUUUUCAAAUCAAUUUUCGGAAGUAAACAGCCUAUAUCUGCAAAAUGUUCACUUUCAGGGAGCUUUCAAUUUGCGAUUUGAUAAUACAUUAACAUUACACCCGGUCCCUAACAGUCUUAAGAAAUCUAUCACGAGAAAGAAAUGAAAAUACUGCGAAUAAAUGGAGUAUAAUAGUACAAUUUA